AAUUUUUCUCUUAUUACCUGUUAUGUGACGGGUGGACGUGAAAUGUAGUUAACAAAAAGCUUUUUACUUUAUUGACUCUUAGUAGGUGCCCUGAACGCCUCUCCAGGUCGCUAAACUCGUAUUUACGGUAAAUCGGACAUGACAUCAAAGUGUGGAUAGUGGUGGUGUUUUCCGCAUUCCCCAACUGCCUGCGAGCUUCAGGGCCAAGCACACGGCGAAACGGCAUUUAUGUUCCAGCCUUUCCAGGAUCAGGGCAGGAACACAUCCGCGAGAUACACCGCUUUUCCUGGGAACGUCUUACCUGGAAGCCGAACAGUGAACCUGGGCAAGGAAGCGCUGUGUUGUUAAGGCUGCUUGCAAUACGUGUCGAUGGUCCAGCUUUGAUGUUAGAGUUUGGAGGAUCAUGAACGCCUUGAAGCUCCAUAUUAAAUAGUUGGCAGUAGGCAAACCUAUAACCAAGGUGACCAGUGUGAACCAAAGGAACAUGGCUGUCUUCAAACCUGAGAAUGUGGAAGACUUCUAUGAGAUUGGGGAAGUUCUGGGAAGUGGGCAUUUUGGCCAGGUUCGCCAGGUUCGGGAGCGGACCUCUGGGAACUUUUGGGCAGGCAAAUUCCUGAAGAUUCGGAAGGUUGCAUGCAGCCGUCUUGGCCUGGACAGGAGCAGCGUGGAGCGAGAGGUGGAGAUCCUCCAGGCUGUCCAACAUCCAAACAUUGUGGCUCUCAAAGAUGUUUUUGAAAGUCGCGCUGAAGUGGUGCUCAUUCUGGAGCUUGUCAGUGGAGGGGAGCUGUUUGACUUCAUUGCUGAGAAAGAGAACCUGUUAGAAACUGAGGCCAUUGAAUUCAUGAAGCAGAUACUGGAGGGUCUGAAAUUCAUACACUGCAAAAACAUUGCCCACUUUGACCUCAAGCCAGAAAAUAUCAUGCUGUCAGACAAAGUGUCAAAACCUCCCAACAUCAAACUCAUAGACUUUGGCCUGGCUCACUUGUUUCACCCGGGAGAGGAGUACAAGAGCACAAGUGGUACUCCACAGUACAUUGCCCCUGAGGUCAUCAGCUGCCAGCCUCUGAGUACAGCAGCAGAUAUGUGGAGCAUUGGAGUUAUUACCUACAUAUUAUUGAGUGGUUUGUCACCAUUCCAAGGCGACACUGAUGAAGAGACUCUGGGAAACGUCAUUGGCAUGAAAUACGAGUUUAAUGAGCACUACUUCAGCCUGACAAGCCCCAUGGCGAAAGAUUUCAUCCAGAAACUGUUGAUGAAGAAUCCAGAAGACAGAAUGACAGCUGAGGAGUGUCUGCUUCAUCCAUGGAUUAAGCCCAUCACACCUAAACAGGUUGCCAAAAGAAAUCGAUCCUCAAUUAAUAUGAAGAACUUUAAGAAGUUCAAUGCCCGAAGGAAGUGGAAGAUGUCUUACAAUAUGGUGUCGGCAUGUAAUCGGCUCGUAAAUUUGAGACUGCCACGUAAAGACACCCUGAGUCCAGAUCCACUACAGAGGCAAUGUGAAAGCGACGUAGAGGACACUGAGAGCAAGCCGGCCUCGCUGCUACGGCGAAGACUCAGCAGCAGUUCAUAGAGUUGAGCAGAGGAAUGCGGAGCAGUCCAAGCUGAAGAUGAGGCUCCCUGAAACCAAAUGAUUUCUGUUACCUUGUUCGAGUGUAAUGGGUGACCUAAUGUUGUUACACACUCGACAUUUCAGAAGUGCCUGGAACAGAAGCGUGUCCUCAUUUGAAGUGUGUUUCUUUACGAAAGACAUU